AUAAAAUAUGUAAAAUAUGUCGAUGUUUGAAACAGCCGUUGUAUUUAACAUUUAGUCACUAGUCCACUUUAUCUUUAGUUUCACAUUUCUUUCAGGAAUAAACACAAUUUCAAACCGAUACAAGUAGCUGGUUUUGUUCUGUUGUGUUAUGGAUACUCGGCGAUACUAAAGUGGUUGAUAUUUCUGUGAGGGGCAAUUGAACCGAUAAAAAAGAAAAUACUCAGCAUAAAAGUGUAUUGAAGUUCUUCGAGCUAAAGCUUAUGGUCGAACUACAUUUCCCAUGAGCCUAGAGGGUUCUGUUGUUGCUUUGCUUGUCACGCAUGCGCAUAAUGGAUACGUGGAUAUCAAGUUUUGCUGAAACUGCGGGUGAAACAAUGUUAGAGGCGUUUUAAAGGAGAGAAACUGAGAAUUUAAGUGCCUGAACCAGAAAUGACAGUGACCCACGGUGACGACGCACCAUUAUCAAUGUGUCCUCUGCCCAUCUUGACAGCUCAAGCUGAGGUCAUCGCAAAAGAAGCAGGGUUCGGCAGUUUAUGUCCUUCAUGCAGGCGGGGGAGUAGGCAGCUGUGUACCGCCUGACGCAGAAUGACUGGAAACUAGAAGUCGCCACAGACAACUGCUUCCAGAACCCAGACCCGUACUACAAAGAUUCCAUGAAAACCUCAGUGGACCGCAAAAAGCUGGAACAGCUCUACAACAGAUACAAAGACCCUCAGGAUGAAAAUAAGAUAGGUAUUGAUGGGAUCCAGCAGUUCUGCGAUGAUCUGACUCUGGAUCCAGCCAGCAGCAGCAUACUCGUGGUGGCCUGGAAGUUCAGAGCGGCCACACAGUGCGAGUUUAGGCGAAAAGAGUUCCUGGAUGGCAUGCUGGAGCUAGGCUGUGACAGUCCUGAAAAGCUGAAGGCCAUCCUUCCCAGGUUGGAGCAGGAGCUGAAAGAUGCAGGAAGGUUUAAAGACUUCUACCAGUUUACUUUUAGUUUUGCCAAGAACCCAGGGCAGAAGAGUUUAGACCUGGAGAUGGCUGUGGCCUACUGGAAUCUGGUUCUUACUGGUCGAUUCAAGUUUCUAGAUCUGUGGAAUCGCUUCCUCCUAGAGCAUCACAAGCGGUCAAUUCCCAAAGACACGUGGAACCUCCUUCUGGACUUUGGCAACAUGAUCGCAGAUGACAUGUCUAACUACGAUGAGGAAGGGGCCUGGCCAGUCCUCAUCGAUGACUUUGUGGAGUUCGCUCGGCCAAUCGUGGAGGGAAACAAACGCACCGUGACAUAGUGUCAUAAUGUUUUGGGAAAUAAAGCAGGGAGAGGGUCAUCAGGAAGGAGUGAUUUGCUUUGCAGGUGUGGACAAACGUUGCAGUUGCAAUGUGAAAAUAUGGACGUGGCUUUGCUUCUGUCAACACAUCAAAAAUACCUUAGGCCAAGUGUGAGCGAGCUUUGGCACAUGGACCGGAUCAAAGUAUGUCAAAAGCUGCAUGUUGGAUCUGUGUAAAGCAGCGCCAAAUAAGCUGGGAUAAACAGAAGCAGAGCAUCAGUUUGUCUCCAUCGCAGCAGGAGCAGAGACUUCAUGGUGUUAUUUAGUGUGAAUGUGUUUGGUAGGAGUGAAACAUAUUUCCUCCUGCACAAAAUAAAAGCUGGUUUUUGUUUUACAAUGCAAGGAAAUUAGAAUUUACGGUGUGAAAAAACAACACUGUUUUGGCAGGCUGGCUUUUUAAAGCUCAGCACCAGCAGAAUCUUAUUAUGAUACUUGUAGAAAUGACUUUAAAUUUCAUUUAUGCCCUUUUAUAACUGAUCCACACACACAAAAAGCCUUAGUAUUGUUUUUCUUACAGAAAUGUAGCCUAAUCCUUUCUGGUUUUGCAGCCUAAUCUCAAACAUAAUCCCACUUUUUCCGUUCUACAGGUGGAGAUGUGUCACCUCUACAAGCUGCUUUGAUUUGCACGGUUUUGUUGCAGGAUUUAAAGUUACGGAGCUUUUCAGUUCAAACUACAGUUUUAAGACUACUUCAUUCAGCCAGGAGCAUCUUGGACGUUUGUUUACAUUGUUGUGAGAGGUUACCUGCUGCUGCCAUCUAGUGCUGGAUGAGGGUUACAGUGGUUUUUAUUGGUUACCGGCGCUGCAUGGAGCCAUUUAAUCAUGGCAGUUGGCAAGGCGAGGCUUUUGAUAUGAUUUAGUGUCAUGGAGCAUAUUUAUUGACGCUAAACAACCCUGUGUGAGCCAAAUGCAGCGUGACCGGUAGAGCUCAGGUACUGGAGCAUCUUGGGUUGUAUUUACAUAUUUUCCCUCCAUGUUUUCUUGCCUAAACAGCAACAAGGAUCUUGUUCUGCAGCUCGUUGUUACCAUAACAUAACCUUUUGCCAUAUGUUGUAAAAUAAAGAAGGAUUAUAAGUAAUUUCACAGAACUGAAGGGUACUUCGGGUUAAAGCGCUGCCUUUUAUUAUGUCUAUAAACUUGUGUUUAUUCCAUUUGUGUCAACGUUUUAAGCGUCUUCUUAUUUAUUCAUUUGAUUUCCAAGGAGCCACACCUUUAUAUAUAUAUAUAUUUUUGCAAACUUUUAAUGCAGUUCUGAUCAAAUCCUGGUUCUGAAGGUCUUUAGAGGUUUUUGUUUGCUAUUUAGCUGUGUUAGGGUUAGGAUACGUGCCCAGUUCAGUCAUUUGGACAGUGGACACACAGAGAACAAAAGAAGAUAUUAGAAAAAUAAACAACUGGAGCAGAUGAACACAAUUUAAAUAUAUUUCAGCAAAGGACUGGCACACUGUACACCGGAUCAGGAGCAAACAGAUAAACUAAAAAUAUUUGAAAAAUAGUCCAAAGUUCCUAUUUGAAAUUGUGCUCCAAGUCAUCUGUUACGUGUUCAUCCUACUGCUUUUUAUUUAUGAGCGAUGUUUAGGUCAACGUUAACUUACCUUUGCUCUGGAUGAGCAGGAACUGGUCAGAGAAUCAGUUUAAAGAAAAUCUCUGGCAGGAACCCAGAGUCUGCAGAACCGUUGACCCAGACAACGUUAAAAGAUGACGAGAAAGCUUGGCCCUUUGGAAUCAAAGCGAGAGGUGGCUUAAAACCUUUGCACAGUGUAAAGUUAGUCAAACUACAUUAGUUUUAAUGAAUGCAAACCUGAAACAAGUCAAGUUUAAUCUGAUUAUGAAUCAGAAUUAUUGAGGGGGUAAUCAUACCAGGAGCCUAACAUUAUCUGAUUCGUUUCAACUCAACAAAAAUCUUUUGACAUGCUUCUGGUUUUGUUGGAACUUUCCUUUUUAAAGAUCAAAACACUGAGCUGCGAAAUCGACAGCUUCUUGCGAGGAAACGAUACAAUCUUCACUUUAAAGUCGACUACACUGGUGCACGGUACAGUUUUGGUUCAUUCUUACUGAAACAGUAUUAUUCACAGCAGAAGCUUUUUAUGAGUCAGAAUGUGAAGAACAUUGUUUUCAUGUUUAAAAGAAUAAAGCAUGUUGUUGUAAAUGG